AUGCGCGUACCACAUGCGGAAGGCGCUCUCGCUACGGCCGAGGUCCACUGCUUGCGCAUGCUGCACCUACACGAAUUCGUGCCGCCUCGGAAGUCGAGCUCUUCGCCAACGGCGAAGUCACCUGACAGUGCGAGCCUUCGAUGGAUUACCGCCACCAACCCCAGGGAGUUCAAAUCAAAGCGCAACAUGCAAGCCGUACGCCAAACCGCGAUGGGAAGCUACCUACAGAGCACAAAGAAUCAUGCCAGCGACAAAGACAGGGCCCCCAGCGAAGCCUCGGAUCAUUCGCGAUCGAGCUUAGGUUCCCAAAGCGCCACGAAACUACGAACGAUCAAAACACCAAAAGUGAAGGCGAAGAAGAGUGAUGAUAAGAUACACCGGUUGUCGCAGUCUACCAGCAGCAGUCAGGAGGCUCCCCACCAUGAUGCUCAGGUAGCACGGACUAGGCCUCACCAAUCGACCCUCACCCAGACACCCAUUGUUGUUCCAAUAAGGAGUGGCCACCAGUAUCGAUUCGACCUAGAACCAGUACCAGAUCUGAGAUGUCUUGGGAAUGCGCUAGACCCCUUCGGAACUAUGUUUCAAUCGAGGAACACUCGCGUGAAAGUCGAGAAGCUGAAGAUCGAAUGCUCCAAAUACUUUGGCACGGAGGGUCUGGGUAGGCACUGGAUCCCCGAAUGCCUGAGUUACGCACAUACCUUCCUCAGCACCCUCUACAUGGCUUCUGCAUACGAUGAUGUCGUUCACAAUCGCGAAAUAGAGAGUUUGGAAACCGCAGCACUGCGCCAAGAUGUCAUACAUUUCGUAGGUGGUCACCUCACCGAUGUGGAGCAAAGUGUGGCGGAUCACAAUAUCAUCGCCGUCAGCCAGCUCAUACUUGGGGACGUCAUAAGCCGGUCCGAUUUAGGUCUACGCUACCACCAGAUGGGCAUUGCCAGAAUGAUCGAGCAGCGCGGCGGACUCCAAACCUUGGGUGUCAACGGCCAACUAGCAUCUGCAGUCUCGUGGGCAAACCUCGCGACCGCGGCUUUACAGGAAGCCUCGCCCACUCGGAUGUAUGUUGACUACUGCGAGAUGCGGGCAUUAAAGACAUAUCCUUUGAUCGCGACGAUACCGGAAUCGCCACUAUACCAUCCACACGGCAAAUACAUGACGAUCGAGAGGUCGGCAAACUGUAAUGCGAAUGCGCAAAAACUCCUGGAAGACGUUCGCACGAUGAUGGAGGACCUGCUUGACACCAAUAGCCCGAGGCGUGCAGGCAGCUCUAACAAAUCGCGAAGUGCCUACGACCGCAUCAUCCAAUCUCGAUCUCUACAGCCCGCUCGCAGAACAGCCAUACUAAAAACGAAGAACUGGAAGUAUGAGGCAAUUCGCCUCGCCGCUAUCGUGCAGGCUCAGGCUAUGUUUGACGAAGUACCUUUAUCAGAGGCGCUCGACCGUGUGCAAGUACCGGAAUCGCAACAGGCCAUGUACAGCUCGUCCGCGGCCUCAUUUUCCAACGACUCUAUCUCCUCGACCUUUGAAUUCCAGGACGUCAGUCCGGCUACCGACGUUUCCCAGAGUCCAAUGUUUGGUUCAAACAGCGAAAGCUUUCCUUUUAACCAUCGCUUAUCAAACUCAUCCACAUUCUCACGACCCUCACUUUCGACAUUGCAAUCAAGCUCAUCGGACGUCCCCCUUCAACAACAAGUUUUCACACGAAUAGUCAGUGGGAAUACCAUGCUUCGCCAACUGCGAGAAGCCCUCGAAAAAUCCGACAUCACAGACUGCUGGUCUGAUAUGGCUGGAGUGCUGCUAUGGAUUGGUCUGGUCAUGGGAGCUGCAAGCAACAAAAGCAAAGACAAGAACCUGCGAAGAUACUUCUCCGCAACGACGAUGCGGGCAUGCAUCAUGCUCUGCUUCGAACAUCCGGAAGCUAUUCAUGCCACGAUGCUGAGGAUGACCGAUGUCGUUGCAGCCUUAGGCAAGAAAUCUGGUGAGGGACAAAUGAUAAGAAACGACAGCUUCGUGUCAAGGAAGCGAUCGAAAAAUUGA